AAGUAAGGGGAAAAGAAGGAAAAAAAAAAAAAGAAGACUGCAAGUUUUUAUAAUUGAUUUGGUUUUUAAUAAAGUGGCGAUGACGAUCCUUACUAAGAGACUUGUGUCUGAUCACUUUCGCACGUCGGAGCAUUGAGCGGGCAAUUGAAGCGAAUUUCCGGUCACGGAGUUCCAGAGCUUUCUGUUGAGGUAAGAUUCUUUGUAUCUCGUCCACGGUGGGGUUGGGGAUUCGGUGUUGCUAUUGAGAAAAUCUUGCGAAAUCGGAUCUGUUUGUUUCGGAUCUGAUAGGGGAUAAUCGAAUUAGGGAGUGUGGUAGAUGGAUUUUAUUAGGUUUGCUGGGCAGUUCAAUAUGGGUAUGGAGGAAUUUUUUUUAAGUUAGGGUUCUUGCGUUGGGGGUUGAUUCGAAUGGAGGACGGCGUGAGAUCUGGGGGUCCGUCGGGGGUUUUGGUGAAGACUAGGAACUCGUCUGGUUGCUUAAUUGUUAGAAAAAAAGAGGAUGGGUUUGGAGGCGCUGGGGCUUCAGGGUCCCGUUUGGUUAAUGCAAAGAAGGAGAAGAAGAGGCCUAGGUUGGUUUUGAGUGAUUCUGGGUCCAGUGAUGAGUUAUUGCUGCCCCAUCGCAGACGGGUUGGUCCUGAAACCAUUCGGGUCUGUAAUGGUUUGAAUUCUUUUGGGAAGGAUGUUAUGGACGAGAGUGGAAGUAUAAGAAAGAAGGAUAGGUUGCAGUACGUUAAGCGGAAUGAUGAUGAUUUAAUCAACCGGAUGGAUGUGGAUGGUUUACGAAGAAAUGUGGAGACCUUAGAGGUUUUUGAUUUCAAUGAGUACGAUGAAAUUGACGGUGAGACUCGGCGGAGGAAGAUUUUUAAUGACAGUGGAGGACAGUUUCUUGGUUCCAUGAAACUGCCUCGAAGUGGCAUCGACAGGGAAUUUGGAACCGCUUCUAGCAGGCAUGCUUUGGUGGACAAGAGAAAGAACUUGUAUGCAGAGCAAACCGAUUGCUUUGAUCGGGAUAGGCCUCCCCGAAAGAUUAGCUUUGAGUCGGAUAAUGAUGGACCUCAUCUCCCGACAUCCUUGUUGAGAGAUAAGUUUAGGGGUCACUCCGAAGAAGCAAUCAGGGUUCAGGGGAAAAAUGGAGUUUUGAAGGUCCUGGUAAACAAGAAGAAAAAUGUGAGUGGAUCAUCCGAGAUGUAUGAUCAUUGCAAAUUAGAAGAAGGUAGAAGGAGUCGAAGGACUGAAGAUACUCUGAAGUCGAAAGUGACGGUUACACCUUCAGUGUACCCAGAAACUAAGCUGAAUGUGAAACAGGAUCCCUUUUCUAAGCCAGAGAAAGACCGGACAGAUUUUCAAACACCAUCAUCGACAAAAAACAUAAAGGGUUGCAGUUGGGAUUCAGGUGACAGUAGUGUGUCAUUGAAGCCGAGAAAAAAGGUUGUUGAAGCUCAUAAAUCUACCAAGAGGGCAAGUUGUGAAGUUGAAAAACUUCCAUGUGAAGAGACUCCCCCAAGUACAGCAAAGGAAGGAAAAAUAAAACGAGGCAGUGGAACAGAGAAACAAAAGCUACGUGAAAGGAUCAGGGGAAUGCUCCUUAGUGCGGGCUGGAAAAUCGAUUACAGACCCAGAAGGAAUAGAGAUUAUUUAGAUGCGGUCUAUGUUAAUCCCAGUGGCACGGCUUAUUGGUCAAUUAUUAAGGCUUAUGAUGCCCUUCAAAAGCAAUUGAAUGAAGAAGGUGCAGAGGCUAAGCCUAGUGCUGAUGGUUCAUUUACGCCAAUAUCAGAUGAUAUUCUCAGUCAAUUAACUAGGAAAACUCGAAAGAAAAUUGAGAACGAAUGGAAAAAUAAGCAGAGAGAUGAUAGUGACAGUGAAAAUGCCAGAGAAGCAAGUGCACUGAGGUCUGCUGGUACAAAAAAUGACAUGGACAGCAUGGACAGUGAUAGCAAUGAAGAAAAAUUAAGCACUUUCGUAAAGCAGGGUGGAAAAUCUUGUAAAAAUAAAUUGAACGAGAAUGGGUGUCCCAGUGUCAACUCCAAAGGUCAAAGCUCUGGUAAGUAUUCACGUGAUACCACUGUAAAAUCUUCUUCUGGAUCCAAUUCACGUAUUUUACAUGGAAGGAGAGGUAGAAAGCUUGGAUUGUUAGUUCGUGGCUCUAAUAGGGGACUAGAUUCAGAGAAUGAUGGAUUUGUUCCAUAUACUGGUAAGAGGACUCUGCUUUCCUGGCUUAUCGAUUCUGGAACUGUGCAGUUGAGCCAAAAGGUCCGGUACAUGAACCGCAGACAGACCCGGGUGAUGCUGGAGGGGUGGAUUACUAGAGACGGUAUUCAUUGCGGUUGCUGUAGCAAAAUCCUCACUGUCUCAAAGUUUGAGAUACAUGCUGGAAGCAAAUUACGUCAACCUUUUCAAAACAUCUUUUUGGAGUCUGGGGUUUCGCUUUUGCAGUGCCAGAGAGAUGCAUGGAAUAGACAGGAGGAGUCUAAACGUCUCAGUUUCCACACAGUUGAAGUUGACGGUGAUGAUCCGAAUGACGAUACAUGUGGCAUCUGUGGAGAUGGUGGAGACUUGAUCUGUUGUGAUGGAUGUCCAUCAACUUUUCAUCAGAGUUGUUUAGAUAUUCAGAUUCCUCCGGGAGAUUGGCACUGCCCAAAUUGUACUUGCAAGUAUUGUGGAGUUGCCAAUGUUGAUAUUUCUCAGGGAGAAAAUACCAUUGUUCCUGAAAUAUCUACUUGUGUGUUAUGCGAGAAAAAGUUUCAUGAAUCCUGCAGUGCUGAGAUGGAUACUCCUGUUCAGUCCAAUGGUUCAGUCACCUCUUUUUGUGGCAAGAAUUGCAGAGAGCUUUUUGAGAAUUUGCAGAAGUAUCUGGGGGUGAAACAUGAAUUAGAUGCAGGAUUCUCAUGGUCUCUUAUCCGUAGAACAAAUGAAGAUCCGGAUGUAUCUGUUCGUGGGCUUUCUCAAAGGAUUGAAUGCAACUCUAAACUGGCUGUUGCAUUAACAGUUAUGGAUGAAUGCUUUUUGCCAAUUGUUGACAGGAGGAGUGGGAUAAAUCUAAUUCAUAAUGUUCUUUACAACUGCGGAUCAAACUUCUAUAGGCUUAAUUAUAGUGGCUUCUACACUGCUAUUUUGGAAAGGGGUGAUGAGAUCAUCUCUGCAGCGACAAUCAGGUUUCAUGGCACUAAGUUAGCCGAGAUGCCAUUCAUCGGAACCCGCCAUAUAUAUAGACGUCAAGGAAUGUGCCGUCGGCUUUUUUGCGCGAUCGAAUCUGCUCUCCGCACGCUUAAGGUUGAGAAACUGAUUAUACCAGCAAUCGCCGAGCUGAUGCAUACAUGGAAUGUGAUUUUUGGCUUUAGUUCUUUGGAGCCAUCACUCAAACAAGAAAUGAGAUUGAUGAACAUGUUGGUGUUCCCUGGAACAGAUAUGUUACAGAAGUUGUUAAUCCAAGAGUCAAUUGUUGAGGAGAAUCCGUCUACUGGCUCAGGUGCAAAGCGAACGGAUUGUAGAAGUACUGAGUUUAGUAGUCCUAAGAUUGAUACAGAGACCUCGUCUGGCCACGAACCUCGAAGUUGUGAUGACACCGAACAGCAUCACUUUAAGGCGAAAACAAAUGAAGUUGCUGUCACUAAUCUGAAUCCUGAAUCCGUAUCUGUUUCUCUAAAUGAUACUUCUACUGCUAAUAGUCCUCUGGAUGCAUUUUGUGAAGCUAAAACGCCAUGUUCUCCUAUGCAAACCGUAACUUCGGAUUCUGAUUCCGAUGAUAAGCCUGGAAUUCGGCAUGGUUUAGAGGAUCGUUCGCAGUCGACUUCCCAAUGUAUGGCAGCUGAUACGUCUUUGAACAAUUUUCUUGAACCUAAGGUCAAGGUUUCAAAUGAAGGAAUCAUUUGUUCCAACGCUCAUGCUGGGCACAAGUUGGCCGACUCCGUUUACGUGAGGAAAUCUUUUUCUCCUACUACAGGCAAUGGCACGUUUGAGCUCGAAAACAACAUACCCGUAAUGGAUUCUCCUGAAGACGAUGCACAUGCUAAUUCUCUUAAACCUACUCGACCCUUCGAAACUACAUCGGAUUGCAAAAAUGCAAUAGCUUAUGUGAAAGAAGCUAUUUCUGAUGGAAUUUGUGGCAGUGAAAGUUCUCCACAGUCGUGUGGGGCAAAAGCCAGAGGUGGUCUUCAGGAAGAGAGAGCUGAAUCUGGUUCAGUUUGACAAAUUGCCUCCACGUUGAUGUUUCAUCUCCUAAUUAUAUGGGUUGUUUCUCAUGCAAUCACUUUGCUGGUUGUGCUGGGCUCACAGAGGAGCCCUUGAUGGAAGUAGCAUGGUUCUAUUCACUGCCUAUCUCUUCUGGAAUUGCUGCUCAAACACGAGCUCGUUCAUCGUUCUGACUGGCUUGUCGGAAGCUCAGACUUCACGGUAUGGACGACAUAUUUUCUAGAAAUGGAGCAUUUCCAUUCUUGAUCAAAGACAUCAUAUGGUUCCAGCACCGGUUUGCCUCGAACGUAUCUGUUACCUGCUGCUCAGCCGAAUUGUAUGACGUUUUCGAGUUCUCGAGGGUUUGUUGGUGGAGUAUAUUGAUAUUGAUUCGUUCGUUUAACUCGUAAGAUCGUUAUGAAUGACCAACCUCGUACUGUAUAGAAGGGUGUUUUCUGAAAUCUCCAAGCUUGUCACACCUCAUUUUGUUUUGAAUUUUUGCUGCUGUCUGUAAUGGGCAUCUCGUCUAAUUUUGAGCAUUUUCUGGGAAGCUUCUGCCUAUCAUGAGAGCUUAGGGUAAAAAGAUAUAGUUUUUAGGAAGAGUUAGAAAUGGGGAAGCCAUUGUUUGCUGCUAAUUGUUGUCAUUGGAAUCACUUCUUUUAUGAAGAAGAUGAAAUUGUAAUUAUAUAGUUUUAAGCUUUUGUUCCUCAUUUUAGAUCAUUAACUUUUUCCA